AUGGCCUCAUUCAAGGAAUUGUCCCUCUCGCGUCCUCUCCCCCCAAACCAGCGUCAACACGCACACUCAAUCUCUCUCGGUGCCGUCAAUGCCAAUCAUCGCGUAACGCGUCGAAAGAGUGUCACCACCGCCGCUGCCAAUGCCGCCGCCGCGGUCGCCGCCUCUUUCCAGGAAGGCGGAGAGUCUACCUCGCUCCCCAUGGGCGCGCACCGCCGCAGCCUGGGUGGCCGCAAGGGACUGGAAUCUACUUCGGUCGGAGGCGCCUCGGGAUUCAGUUCGUAUCUCUCCCGGAGUAUGAACAGCCCUAGCCAGGAACCACCGGUCGCCCGCAAGGCUUCCCCGAGCAACUCUGAUGCGGACGGCAAGGCUAUCUCCAAGGGCCGAAACCGCCGAGCCAGCGAAGGCGCUCAAAUUAAGCUUGAUGGGAGGCGUAACCCGGCCUCAAUCCGCUGCGACCGUUGCGGGAAAGGGUAUAAGCAUGGCAGCUGCUUGUCCAAGCAUAUGUGGGAACACGACCCGGCGUGGGCGAUUACCUCGAAACUACUCAUAUCCAAGCACCAACAAGUCCAGCUGCUGGAGGCCGCCACCGUGUUGGUCGGCAUGAACGACCCUUUGGACGAACUUCCCGAGGAGUCCGCCGAAGUCGAGUCGGUUAUUUCCUCUGCGUCACCGGACGCUUCGUCGGAUGUACGGGAUGGACUCAGUUCGGCUGAGACAACGCCGCCACCUCUGGACGAGCAGGAAGAGGACGAUGACUUCGAGAUGUCAGGCAUGCCGGCCAACUGGACUAAGCGCCCCAGCAUCGGUAACGCUUUCGCCGCUUUCUCCCGCUCUUACCAGUCGAUCCCCUCGAGCUCGUACAACGGCAGCGCUCCGCUCCACUCGCCGGCCUUCUCUCACUUCCGCAAGUCCAGCGUUGACACCCGUCCAUCCACCGCCGACACCCGACUCAACGAGGAAGAUGAGGCUGAUUUGGCUGCUGCCAUCGGACUCUGCAACUUUGGCACUCCCCGCACAGGGCCAGUUUCUAUGACCCCUGAUGUCCCUCCUGUGCCGCCGCUGCCCGCCCGCUACCUCGACUCUGGCAGCCACCCGAGCAACCAGGGCCCGGGUCUCGGCCACUCGGGUCCCAUUAACGACGCUCUCCGCCGUGACUCCAAUGCCGAGUUGUUUCUUUCCGCUUCCCUCAACCCAUCUUUGUCCUACAAGGUAUCUGACGAACGGGGAGUGCGAACUAGUGACACCAAGACAAAUGAGACCCGGCACCGUCGCAACGCAGACGUGGACUUCGGUAGCCGCCGUGCUCCCGCUGAUGACGAUGACGAUGGUGUUUUUGGCCAGAUGGAAGAGUAG